AGAGCAGCCUGAACCUCGCAUCAAAACAAAAGGGGGCGCAGCCUCACCAUCUUUGCCCUGGGUACUGUGGCUUUCUGUUUGUUGUGAUUCGUCCAAAUUCCGACCAAAUGUGAGAUUUCCGACUGGAACAUCACCCCUCUCUUCAUUGAUGGGCGAAGGAUUGUUCUUUGCUUAGCGGUGCGUCGGUUCUCAAGCUCGGUCGUGCCGCACUGUUCGAGCUGCGGCGAUCCCAGGGAGUGGAGUGUCCCGUCGCAGAAUCGAUCCCUGGUGAAUUGGAUGACAAGUCCUCGCGUAAACUCGCCUCGAAGAAGCGCACAAGUAAAGCAUGACUCCUGGUGAUGACGCUGCCCGUGUCCUCGUACGAGGAGCUGCUGGCCAGGGUGCGUAGCCUGACGCACGAGACGGUGCGGCUGCAGCGCGCGCUCACCCUGGAGGACGGCCUGGAGGACGGCCUGGAGGACGGCCCGGACGACGCCCUGGAUGACGAGGAGAACCUCACGGACAACGGCCUGCGCGACCACAACCACAAUGGCCCCGUGCGGGCUUCCGAUGUGACCGCCGCCGCCCCGCCGCCCCUGCCGCCCCGGACCUACCGCACCACGGCGGGCCGCCCCGAGAGGCCCGAGAGGCACGACAGGAAGCCGCCCCAGCAGCUGGACCUGUGGUGCCCGGCGGACUCGGAAACGGUGCUAGUUCAGAAUGGAGGAACUGGAGGAGAUCUCGGCAGUGAGGUGACAGGAGCUGCCAACAUCUUCGCUCAACUUGGCCUUGCCCUCAACCUGCGACCUACCUCUCUUAACGGUGCCAACACUGGCACGGAAAAUAAGCAAAGCAAUACGAUGCACCUUUCUAAGGAGCAUGUCGUUGAGGUCAAAGAAGAAGAUGAACGGCGAACAUCACCAGAAGCAAGCGACAAGAAAAACUUCUCAGACUCUGAGGAGGAGAACUUUGACAAAACUGUAACACAGAUGACAAGCAGUGCAACUCAAACUCAAGCGGGAACACCGGGUACUCCCACUGAUCCUCACAAUGUAGCAGCUGCUGGUGACAAAGAAGCAACUGCCACUGCUUCGAUUUACAACAGUGCAUGGCCACCCGUUGACCCUUCGCUUUGGCAUUCAGGCCCAAGCAGCCUGGGUGGCCCACCCAUGUCUUCCUCCAAUGGACGCUUCCACUCGGACAACACAAGUGUGAUGAGUGCAUCUUCUAGUGUAGCCUCUGGACCAUCACCCCUGACUGGCCUUGCUCGCCGAGUCCACAGCCAGCAGCAGCUUGGUGCCAAAGUAGAGAUGGUCUAUGGAUUGCUGUCCAUGCUUGGCACACAUGACCGUCAGGAUAUGAGUCGAACUCUGCUUGCCAUGAGCUCUUCGCCCGACAGUUGUGUUGCCAUGAGGCAGUCAGGUUGUCUUCCACUACUAGUCCAAUUAUUACAUUCUUCUGAGCAAGAUGCUGAUACCCGAAACAGGGCAGCACAGGCCCUUCAUAAUAUGGUUCAUGCUCAUCCAGAUGAGAAACGAGGCAGACGAGAGACUCGUGUCCUCAAAUUGCUAGAACAAAUUCGAUUGUACUGUGAUUCACUUCGGAGCGGCCAAGAUCAAGAAAUCAUUUCUUCAAAUUCAGAUGAUGGUGAUAAGCAUCCUGGGCAAACCAUAGCAACUCUGAUGAAGUUGUCAUUUGAUGAAGAGCAUAGACAUGCUAUGUGUCAGCUAGGAGGACUAUAUGCCAUAGCCCAGUUAAUUCAGGUGGACCAUGAGGCUCAUGGCAGCACUACAAAUGACCAAAAUUGUGUAACUCUACGCAGAUAUGCUGGGAUGGCAUUAACUAAUUUAACAUUUGGGGAUGGAGUGAACAAAGCCCUGCUUUGCUCCUUCAGAGAAUCCAUGCGAGCUCUUGUUGCCCAACUUGCCUCUCCAAGUGAGGACUUGCGUCAGGUGACUGCAUCUGUACUACGGAAUCUUUCGUGGAGAGCUGAUUCUCAAAGUAAACAGACACUUCGGGAGGUUGGAGCAGUUACAGCCCUUAUGUGCUCAGCUAUGGAAGCCCAGAAGGAGUCUACACUGAAGUCAGUUCUCUCUGCUCUGUGGAACCUUUCAGCUCACUGCAGUCUGAACAAGGUUGAUAUUUGUGCUGUUGAGGGAGCUUUAGUGUUCCUCAUUCAGAUGUUGAGCUACAAAGCACCAUCAAAAACUCUGGCAAUCAUAGAAAAUGCUGGUGGCAUUUUGCGCAAUAUAUCUAGUCAUGUGGCUGUCCGUGAAGACUACAGAUCUAUUCUGCGCGAACACAAUUGCCUGCAGGUACUUCUGCAGCAGUUAAAAUCUCCUAGUUUGACUAUUGUUAGCAAUGCAUGUGGAACUUUAUGGAAUUUGUCUGCUCGAUGUCAAGAAGAUCAAAGAACAUUGUGGGCAUUAGGUGCUCCUAAUAUGCUUCGUAGUUUGGUUCACUCUAAGCACAAAAUGAUUUCAAUGGGAUCGAGUGCAACUCUUAAGAAUCUAUUGUCUGCCAAACCAGAAAAUGAUGAUUCUUGCUUUCGCCAUUUGGACUCCACCGCCCGAAGUCUGGGUUUGCAGAGUUUGCCAGGACUGUAUGCAAGGAAGCAAAAGGCGUUAGAACAAGAACUUGAUCAAACUUUGACAGAAACAUUUGACAACAUUGAGCCAUCCACAUCUCCUUCAACAUCCACUGUUGGCUUGAGAGAUGAUAAAUUUGUAUUUUCAUUGACAGAGCGGGAUAUUUUCCGUCAACGAGCUCAGCAACCAUUACCUCUUCAUAAGCCUACAACUAAAAUUCGACCCAAUGCAGUUUCCCACUCUGACAGCAAAGAGUCUGUCACUAGUACACAUUCAGAUUCAGUGUAUGAGCGUCUGAUGAGAACGGGGACGAGUGACAGUCCGUCAAGAGAUGAUAGAAGAUUGAACUCAAGCAUGAGUGAUUCAGGUAGAACUGGGUCUGAAGCGGGAAAGUCUGAUACAAGAACUGUGUCAGAUCGUAAGUUUCUCCAAAGAUAUCUAAACAAUCUGAACUCAACAGGAACUCCAAAUGGAAAGACCACUGCUGUGGUUUCUAUGAAUGUCUCUUCUGACCAGAAUCAGAACAAUGUCAACAUGAAUCUUCUUGAGAAUGGUGUUGCUGGUAUCAAAUUGGCGGAAGAAAACCAAGAUGUGAUUCCAAAACGUCAAGCUUGGGAGGAAACUGCAGGUGAAGGAAAGCAGCCUCUUUCUGAAAAAGAAGAAAUCAAUGCCUCAACCUCUCUCUCAGAAAAGGAGGAGGCUGUAGAAUGUGCUUCAUCCUCUAACUUUAAUAACAACGACACACUGAACGCAACCACAUCCACUCCUGUUGCUGCAGCAAGAACUAGAGUCCCAAAAGCACAUCCUUAUGUGCCGGUUCGUAACAAAUUCCUGGAGUCUGGUGUAGAAGAAGACUUGGAGAACCCCAGCCAAGACAAACCUAUUGACUUUGCCCGUCGCUAUGCAUCUGAGGCUGAGCCAGUCCCAGAAGCAGAGCCGCGAGCUGCAAAAGCGGAAUCGAAGAAUGGAAACAAGGAAACUGUUGUUUAUGGUGACUAUGCAGAAACUGAUUUAGACCAGCCUACUGACUACAGUUUACAGUAUGGUGAGGAGGAUGAUGAGCUUUCAGAUAGUUUUGAAGCCCAGGAAAUCCCCAUAUCCAUUCAUGAAGAUUCAGUGAAGAUGUAUUGCACCGAGGGGACUCCUUAUGAAACUCCUUACAAUUUCUCCACUGCAACGUCACUUUCAGACCUUCGAAUUGAGCCUCCUGUCAAAGAAGAAAAUGAUAAGGAGCUUAAGGCAGAGGAAGAAGGUACUAGUCUUGAUCUGAAGGAGUUAUCAGCACCUGAGAUAAAAACUGAUGAUCCAAAAAUAUUAGAAGUUGACAAUGUUGUCGAGUCUGGUUCAAUUUCUCCAGUUGAAAAGCCAGUGCAGUUCUGUGAUGAGGGCACACCUGGUGUGUGCAUGUCACGUUUUGAUUCUCUUAAUUCUCUAGAUAAAAUUGAGCAAGUUGUUGAUGAAAUUGAUGGUAAAGUAGUAGAGUCCACUGAUAAGCCCGCUGACAAAUGUGAGUCAAAUGCUGGAGCAGCAACUCCCCCAGGCACUCCUCCUAGACAUCAAGAAAAUCAAGGGCAAAGCCAACAUCAGGAAGCAAGCAAGAUCCCAAAGAUGAAUUCCGACCAUCACUAUGCCGAAGAAACUCCCCUCAUGUUUUCUCGGGCGAGUUCCUUGGGGUCAUUGUCUAGUUAUGAACAACAGUCAAUAUUGGAUGAUCGUAGUUCUGUUGUGAGCGAGUUUUCUCGUUUAACAAGUGGGGUUGUUUCACCAAGUGAACUUCCAGACUCACCUUCUCAACUAGUACCUGCUAGUCCAAGGCAUCCUAAGGCUCCUGUUGAAUUCACAAACCGCCUUUCUGAUGCUGGGAGUUCACCAUUAAGGGUGCCUCCUGCAAGAUUCACAGGUUCGACCCGCCCUUUGGCCCACCCCAUUGUGGACAAAGCUGCUGGGAACAGUGUUUUUGAAGAUGAAAUGGCUGAUUACAAGGUGGAAGACACCCCUCUGGAAUUCUCCAGAGCAACUAGUCUCAGCUCUUUGUCUAUUGAUGAUGAGCCAAGAGAUGUCAAGGAUGGUCCAUCUAGAUCAGGCCGAAGUAGCAUGAGCAGAGAUGAGGGAAUGGAGAAAACGGAUGUGGAGAAGGAGCUUGCCCUUGUCAGUGAAGGUGAAGAGAAUGAAGACGAAGAUGAGGACAUUUUGGCUGAUUGCAUUAAUAUCGGCAUGCAGAAUAGCAGGAGCAAACAAUCCCUGUCCAACAGCCAGCCAAAAUUGCUUGCAUCAUCUCAACAAAACGCAGCCAAGCCACUGUCACUUCGACAGCCCAUGGCCGCUGGCGCCACAGGCCCUGGAGUCCCAAGGCGUCCGACGGCCAUCCCCAAAGCCAGAGGCAUUCCUGUCUCGACUGGGAUUCCCGUUAAGAUCCCUGUGAUGACGCGCAAGGCUGGGGCCGGGGCCGGGGCGCCCUCCCUGACUGUGACUCCAGGGGCGUCGUCCUCGCGAGGCGCCUCCCCAGCCACGGCCCGGUACGCGGCGCCCGCCAGGAGCCACAGCGCCCCCGGCAAACAGCCCAACGAGUCCAAUGGAGUGUGUGAGGAUUCCAUGUAUCGCUACUGCACGGAGGGAACACCUGCAAAUAUUUCUCACGCCGGCUCGCACUCUGACCUGUCAGUUUUGUCCUUCCCUAAUGAGGGUGAUGAGGAACUUCACCUUGACCAUACUGGCACAGAGUUGUCUGACGACAGUUCUACAUUUUCGGGUGACAAUGAGGGCAUUCUGGCAGAAUGCAUACAAUCUGGCAUGCCAAAGGCUAAAUCUGAUUCAGUCAGCAGUCUGCCUCAUUCGUCAAAUGCUGGAGCAGCAUCCAAGAGAGCUAGUGUUCCUAAUACUUCAAUGGCUGCUCGUCGAGUUCCAUCAGCUAGUCCCAGUGGAUCAGUGAAAAGUCAACAGAACCAAGUUACAAGCACUACAUCUGCCAACCGAAAUGUAAAUGGUAGUCCUCAAAGGAAACCAAAUGUGAACAACAGUCCUCAACGUACUUAUUCCCAGGCAAGUCCUCAGCGGUCUCCUCAACGCAGUUUAGCAGGCCCCCGCAAGCCUGCAACUAGUGCUCCCAAACCAACAACAAGAACAGGAGCUAGACCUUCGACAUCUACCCCUGUUUCAUCCCCUGCAAAUGGACCUCGCACUCCACUCACACCACCGAGGCAGCGGCAAACGGGAGGGGCGCGCAUUGUCAGAGCCGUCAACAGGAAUGUUUAUCCUGGUGGACGAGUGCCUCAAACUCAGGAUUCUUCGAGUGGUCAAGUCGGAAUGUCACAUCCAAUUCCAUCUAAUGAUGAAAUGGUUCAGUUUUCAUGUGAAGACAGCCCAUGCAACUUUUCAUCCAGAUCAUCUCUAAGUGACCUCACUAUUAAUUCAUCAGAGUACAGCAGGCCAUCACUGCGUCACCUGCCAUCAGAAGGACCAGCCAGUGACAGUCACCUGUGUUUUGCAACCGAAGACACCCCUGUGGAGGGAUCGUAUGCACCAUCUCUCAGCUCACUUGGUGUUGAUGAUGACUUGGAACCACCAGUUAUAAAUAUGAGCGUGAUGAGGAACGCUCCCAACCUUCGGGCCCUUCUUUGCAUGCCGGAAGGAUGCAGCUCGGAUGAAGCCACACCACCUUCUGGGGCUGCAGCAUUGGCGUCUUCUGACAGCAGUGACAAAUUCUCUGAUGGGAUGUCUGAUAGGAUGUCUGACAAACAGCGACCUAACCCUAGUCAGAGCUCAGCUUCAGAGGAAGUUGUUACUGUUCUUUCCAGAAAUACAUCUCUGAGUUCUUUAAGUGUUGAGAGCCUGGGUUCUUGUGAAGCGGAACAAGCACUUUUGGAGCAAUGCAUCAGUUCUGGCAUGCCCAAAAGCCGAAGCAAGAGCAGUGAUGUUAGUGCAAAGAAACCUGCAUCAAAACUGCCUUGCCUUGUUGACCGAGGAAAUAGGUCUAGAUUGCCGGUAUCAGCAAGACAAGAAGAAAAGUCACCUGUAGAAAAAUCUUCCAAGAGUGCUUGGACUGCUGAGUCAUCCAGUGAACAACAAUUAGACAGGGAGCGGCCAAGAUUCAACAGUGAAGCACUAUCUGACUCAGGAAACAGUGAUAAACUGCCUGAAGAACCAGUCUGCCAAGGCAAAAAAUUCAACUUUGUGGAGGAUGUUGAUGUUAUGAAAGAAAGCGCAACUAGCACUGGCACUUGGGCAGAUGACUCUUCGCCAAAUGAAAUUUCUUGCCCAAGCGUAAGCAUUACUGCUCCCACUGGAGCGUCUAUCAAAAGUGAAAACUACCGUGAACUCUCCGAUUUGGUUGAGGAAAACCAUGAUUCUGCAAGUGAAGCUCAAGAUUUGCCGAGUUUGACUGAUUCCUGGAUGUUGGAAGCAGAAGCAACUAAAGUGGCUAGUGCUGUGAUGGGCCAUAGCCUUAGUAGUAUAGAUAGUAUCCUUCCUCCUUCAGAAAUGGGAAGUCUAGGUUCUCUUAGUCAAAGUUUUUCUGGUCGAUCUCUUCCGCACACUCUUCUCAAUAGAAAUUGCAGCUCUAGGAAGAAGUCUCUUCCUUCAGCUCUCAACAACAUGGUCACCAGUGAUGUAUCUGUUGAGUUCAAUUUGUCUGGUAGUUUCACCUGUCACUUGGACAAUGUUAGAGCUCCGUCUGUCCUAGAUGAAAUGGGUGAUUCUGAAAACAGCUUCAUGAGUAUUGCAAGCAUCACCUCUGAGGCAGCUGAAGUUGCAGCAGAUAUUGUCAAGGAAGGGUGUGCAGGGGACGCCACCUAUGAUAUCGCCCGUCCGGCUGUUCCUUCAAAGAAUGCCGGUUUAGUGGAUGUGCAUGACCAGCCGUCCACAUAUCAUGAAAUUACUGAACUCUCAACCGAUCAGGACCUUACCCUGGAACCUGGAACUGAAACCAUUGCCUCAGACAAUGAACUCUACGACGAAGUAGCCGACUCAAAGACGCUCGAGGCUCCUGAUCUACCCUGUGAUAGUCAACGUACAACACCAUCCAGCUCAGUGGAGUCAUCGCCCAAAAAGGGCCUGACCCCGAAGCAACGACGUGAGGUUGCCCGUGACCGUUACCAAACGUACACCAUCAGUUCACCAAGCUCUGAGCCCAAGCCCCUUACUGAAGAGAGUUUCGAAAUGCAAGUGUCGCCCACUCCCAAGCAGAGGAGACAGAUGGCUCGAGACCGUUAUCAAACCUACACUAUCAACUCACCUGUUAAACAAGGUGCAGAUACUCAUGAAAGAACUGCAAAUGAAGUGAAGAAAAGUGCCACUGUUGGGGAUGUGCCUUCUAAUGCAGAGGCAUUGCUAAAGAAACCUCGCAUCACACCAAAGCAACGAAGGCAAGAGGAUCGUGAUAGAUUUAGGACAAGGACCCUUGAAAAGGACUGCAUUACUGGUAGCAAUUAAAUUACAGUCACAUUUUCAAACAAAACCUACUUUACUUUGCAAUGACAAUAUCUUGGGGCAUUUGCCACUUGUUCUAUUUAUUCCGUAGUCUAAUUUUUAUCUUUUUCUUUCAAUUAUUGGGAAAUUUUGCUGUAUCAUCUUGAAGGCACGAAUAAAAAAUGUCAGCAAGUUAAUUAAAUUUAGCUUCGCUGCACACUCAUGUUUCGAGUGCCUCAAUGGUUGGUUGAAUGCGAUGAAAGUGAAAUUGCUAGUCAUCUAAAUAAGAUGUUAUUAUGAGACGCUAAUUUUGUGAACCUUAGUUUACAGUAAUUAUUUUACUGUGUAACUAAUACUAAUCUUCACUCAUACCAACAGCUACAGUGUUAUUGCUAAUGGUGAGAAGUACUCUUGGCUAUUGUUUUAGCCUGUAAAAUGUUCAGAAAAGUAGUUGCCAAUCUGUCUUGGUAUGCAGCCGAGUAUUCUGUCGAGUAUGCAGCCUAUUGCCUAUCAUCCAACUCGAAAUCAAAUUUUAAACAUCCAUCUUUUUACAUAUUUUUGCUGUGAUAUUUGCUAUUUGUACUUAAUUUUCAAGAUCUUUCAAAGUUUCUUCAGGUUUUGAGUUGGUUUGGUAGUGCGAGUGCUAUUGCAUGUUUAUGUACUUUUCAUCAAUCAGAUGUUCUAAAAUUGCCACUUUCAUGAUGUACUUCCAAGUACAAUUGAUUUGGAUACUCUCUUGCAUGUCUGCUCAGAGUCUAUCCAAGUCACGGUAUCGCCACCUUGACUUGAGCUGGGUUUGCCCUCUUUACAUAAAAUGACACAUCUAAAUGUUUUGCAUAUCACUUUUUUUGCCUCAUACCACUUCUCUCUUACUUUUCAUUACAACUGGUAACUUCAAAUUACUGGUGUUUGAAAUCGAAGCACCCAAAAGCCACAAAUUUGAAUAAAGCUCCUCAUUCACAAGCUGUUGUGAACAUCACCUAAAACAUUUUUCAGUACUGUUAUCCUAAUUUAGACAUAUUAAAUUCCUGUCAUAUUUGGAUUGUUAAAAUUCUAUCGAAAGUCCAUGAAGAGAAGAAGAGAUGGGGCCUUUGGUAGUUCAUUGUUAUCUUCUUUAUUGCACAAAGGAUAAGUAUUUGACAUAUCCAGUCCUGUUUGUUUAUUCCCCAAACAAUGUCUUUUCUUGCCAUCCAGAUUGUGACUUGCAUGGUAUUUCAUCCAUCCUACCUUAAACUUAGACGAGUCUUUCUAAUCAUGUCUCUUCAACCUCUCUUGCCAUUAUUUAAAAGUCUUUUCUUCCUUAAGCAAUUUUUUGCCUAGCAAAUAGUUAAUAAAAAAGAAUAUUAUCCUGUUUGCAUGCAUUAUGUUGAUUGAAAUAGGGUGAAAUGCUGUGUCUAACAUUAUAUGACAUGCCUUUAGACCAAUGAGUGUGUUAUCAGGUUUAAUUCAGGGUUUAUUGACCAUGUUUCUAUCGGUAAAUUUGUUUUUCUCUGCUCUAAGUAGAAAAAUGUUUAAACCUCUUUUUUCUAUGUACUUGGAAAUAUGUGUCUAAGUGCUUGCUCUUAAUUUCCACUCCAUCCAAUGUUUCUCCUUCUUGCCCAUUAACAACAAAAAUGCUAUGAAGACAAAACUUAUUGGCUGAGAAAUAAGUCAUACAACUUAGUUUAAAAUCAAAAUAAUUUUGUUUCAGAACCAAGUUGCAUUGCUCUUCCUGUACUUGCUUCUUAUAUAUGUAGCCAUCUGAUUUUUGAGCUUUUGUAAUCAUGACUUUCUUCAUUAGGUAAUUUAUUAAUGUUCCGUGAAGUGUAUAUUUAAUGUGUGUCCUGUAGGGGAGCGAGGUCUAGAUAUGUUACUUUAGAAACAAAAUGUGCUGUAUAAAGUAAGGUCCUUUUACUUGUAGACUGUAAACUUAUUUGUAUCCAUGUUUUUGCUCUACAAUUUUCCUCCAUUUGUUUUUGUUGAAGCCUGAAAGUGACAAAUUAUGAUAGACUUUUUAUACUUAGUGUAUAUUUAUGUUAAAUAUUUCCAUUCAUUUUGAAUAUUUGUUGACUGCUGUGGCUCUUCUUUUGUUGCUUACUAAGUUUUAGAUUUAUUUAUGUGUACAUGCAGAAUCUUUGUGUCUUUUGUUUUUGUUUUUUUGUGGGGCUUCCGUUGGUUCUGUGCUUUUGCAAAUGAAUUGACAAACAUUAUGUAAUUCCAAAUUUUCUUUAAAACUGGCAUUCAUUUUGUUCUGUGUUGCUUUUGUUUCAAAUUCCUCUUAUUUGACCUUAAAUUACUGCACUGUUUAGUUUUCCUUUUCCUUUUUGUUGUGAUAGGGCCUUAUACCCAUUUAAGUCAUGUUACCAUUAUUGAAUGUUUGUCUGAUUGUAUUCAGAAUGUGUAUAUUAUGUAGUCUGUUACUAAUCUAUUCAUAUUCGUACUUGCUGUGGACUACUGUAGACAAGCUAACACUUUGCUUUAAAAUAGUGACCCUAUGUAAAGGAUGACUGAUAUAGUUGAAAGCAGUGGUUUGAAAGUGCUAAUUUGAUGUUCAGAAAGAACAAGCCAUUCCAUUUGACAGACUCGUGUAUGGAGGUGCAUUUUUCUUGUUUCCUCCUAAGAGUGAGAUUAUGAUGAGAAAUAUGUUAUAUACAGUGUAUUUUGGACAUUAAAGAAAUGUGGCAAAUUGAA